AUGAAUAGUAGUACUCGACGUCGUACAAAAGUUAAAAGUUCAUCAACAACUUCAACAAAAGAUCGUGUAUCAAUUAAUGAACCAUUCAUUCCAACUCCAUCUCGACAAGGUUAUUUAAAUGAUCAAACUGAUUUUACAUUAGAUCCAUCAUUAAUAUUUGAUCAAUUACCACAACCAUUUCGACGAAUAAAUAAAAUACUUGAAUCAAUAUUUGAUGAUGCAUGGACAAUCAUUGAACAACGUGAAAAACAACGUCUCUCAGAACAAGCAAAAUUUGUAUCAGCUCAACAUACAUCAUCAACAAUCAUAAAUACUUCAAUACCUAUUUCACUUAUCGGUAGUCAUAUUUCUGGUACUUUAUGUUUUUUCAAUGGUACUCAAAAUGAACAAUCAUAUCUGGUUUGUUAUGAUAGUCAAGUUGAUGAAAUUAUAAAUCAAAUUCCCAUUGAUAAUUCAUUCAAACAAAUGAAUGUAUUCAAAAAUGAAGCAUCAGUAAAAAAUACAAUUUAUUUUUUAAGUAUCAUUGAUAAAUUAGGUUAUUGGAAAAUGAUUGCAUAUAAAAAUCAACAAUAUUAUCUUCUAUUCACACAAUAUGAAACAGACGAUGAUACUAAAAGACCUACAUGUUUAAUGACACAAACUGGUUUAAAUGAUGAAUAUUUAGCUGUUUCUUGGUUUGGUACUAAUAAUGAUUCAUGGGUAGAAAUAUAUAAAUUAUCGAAAGAACAAUGGAAAUCAGAAAUAACAACUCAAGAACAGUCAAUAGCUGCUAGUAAAAAUCAAACAGAAGAGAAUGUAGUAGAACAAGUCGUAGAUAGUGAACCAACAUUAAUACGUGGCCAAUUCUCUCGUCCAACAUUAGUAUUCAAAGCUAAAGUACCUAAAUUUAGUCCAGGAACAAAUAAUAUUCAACAAUUAAUGAAAAAUACUGAAAAUCUAUCGAAUAUUGGACAAGGAACAUCAAAUCAUUUUUAUACACAACAGAUUAUUGAUUUAAAAACAAUGUUAAUUAGAGAUUUAAUGUUACCAGCAAAGAAGACUGAUGUAAAUGAACGACCACCAACAAUACCUAAAGCAGAACCACCUCCAGCAAUAACUCCUCAUGUUCUUUUUAUUCCAGCUGCAACAGCAACAGGAGUCAAUUCUGUAGCUAUCAGUUGGCCUACAACGAAUCAAUUACUUAUCUACAAAGUUGCUAAACCGGAUAAUAAAGGAAAAGAAUCAUCCGAUGCUCGUCCUAUUUCUAUAUGGCCAUUUUCAAGUCAUAUUACAAGUUUAACUUAUGAUUCAAAACAUGAACAACUUGCCGUAGCACUUGAAUCAGGAAAUGUUUGUAUUAUAGAACGAACAACUGGUGUAAAUGAUCUUUCAUCCAUUCAACAUAUUAGUUCCGUUCCAACUAUUGAUAUUCAUGCAAUUGAUUCAUUAGAACGUUCAACAAAUACUCAUAAUCAAAAGAAACAAAACGGGUUUUUUGUUUUAUCUCAAGAUGGUAAAAUCUAUCGAAUUAAAUUUAAAUCUGUAUUAACUAAUGAAAAUAAUGAUGAACAACAAAAUAUGAUCGUAUGUUUUCCUCCAGAACAAAGUAAAGAUUCAUCAAAAAUUACUCGAAUGAUGUUUUUUAAUUGUAAUCCAUCAAAUUUAUUUUUAAGUAUCAAUGAAUUGAAUCGUAUUUAUAUAAAUGAUGCAUUAAAAUGUACACAAUUAUGUGAGAUUACUUUAUCACAAUCAGCUACAGACGAAAAUAAUCCAAUUCAAAUUGCAUUUAUUGAUGAUGCACGAUCAAUUAUUAUUGGAGUUCCUGAUAAUGAAUCAUCAUCUUUAUGUCUUUAUCGUGUUCCAUUGGAACAUUUUCCUUCACUCGAAUCCUAUUAUCCUGAACGUAAACCUCCUAUUGUCGAUGAAGUAGAACCAAUUAUAGAAACUAAACCUACAAAAACUACAACAUCGAAAUCUAAACCAGUUGUUUCAGUAGUCGUUGAAAUAGAUAAAACUACUUUAUUAUUUGAUGAAAAAAUGAAAGAAACAUUUCGUAAAAGACAAUCUGAUACGUUUGACCGACGUGAACGUUUAUGUACUCGUUGGAAUGAAAUAAAACUUCAUUUUAAUCCAGUUUAUGAGCAGACAACAUAA